GUUAACUUUCCAUGCAAAAACCAACCUUCCAAAAACCAACAACGUCGAGUUGGAAAAUCAAAAUGUCAAGCCAAGUUACUUAUUUGUCUACUCGUGGCGGAUCUUCAAACUUCUCUUUUGAGGAUGCUGUGUUGAAGGGAUUGGCCAGUGAUGGCGGUUUAUUCAUCCCAAGCGAAAUUCCUCAAUUUCCCGAGAAUUGGGUUGAGGAAUGGAAGAAUAAGAGCUUUUCAGAAGUCGCUUUCGAAAUUAUGUCCUUGUACGUUCCUCGCGAAGAGAUUCCCGCUGAUGCUUUGAAGGAUAUAAUUAAUCGCUCAUAUUCUACCUUCCGUCAUCCGGAGACUACUCCAAUCAGAAAUUUGAAAAACGGUCUUGAUGUUCUUGAACUUUUCCAUGGUCCAACCUUUGCUUUCAAAGAUGUUGCCUUACAAUUUCUUGGUAACCUCUUUGAAUUCUUUCUGACUCGUAAAAAUGGUGACAAGCCUUUGGAACAGCGCGAUCACCUUACUGUUGUUGGUGCUACUUCUGGUGACACUGGAAGCGCUGCUAUCUAUGGUCUUCGAGGAAAGAAGGACGUUUCUGUCUUCAUCUUAUUUCCCAAGGGACGCGUUUCUCCUAUUCAAGAAGCCCAGAUGACUAGUGUGUUGGAUAAGAACGUUCACAACAUUAUUGUUGACGGUGUGUUUGAUGACUGCCAAGACAUCGUCAAGCAAGUUUUCGGUGACGUUGAAUUCAACAAAAAGCAUCAUAUUGGUGCCGUAAACUCUAUCAAUUGGGCCCGUAUCCUUUCUCAGAUCACUUACUAUGUCUACGCUUACCUUUUGACAGUCAAGGCUGGUAAGGCUGACCAUGUUCGCUUCGUUGUUCCUACUGGUAAUUUUGGCGAUAUUUUAGCUGGUUAUUAUGCCAAGCGUAUGGGUGUUCCUGCUGAUAAGCUUGUCAUUGCCACUAAUGAAAAUGAUAUCUUAAACCGCUUUUUUAAGUCCGGUCGUUACGAGAAAGUCGAUUCUAGCAUCGCUCCCGCUAACUCUUCUGCUUCUGCCAAGGAAACUUAUUCACCUGCUAUGGAUAUCUUAGUUUCCUCAAACUUUGAACGUUAUUUGUGGUAUUUAGCAUUGACUUGCGAAGCUCCUAACCAUACUCAUGCUGAAGCCUCCGAUAUCUUGGCCAAGUGGAUGUCAGAAUUUAAACAAAACGGCUCUGUUGCUGUUCGUCCAGAAGUUUUGGAGACUGCUCGUCGUGAUUUUAUCAGCGAGCGUGUUAGCAAUGAUGAAACCAUUGCUUCCAUAAAAAACAUUUAUGAGACUGAACAAUAUGUUGUUGACCCUCAUACCGCCGUUGGUAUUGAAACUGGUUUACGUUGUUUGAAAUCAUCUCCCGGUAUCACAUAUAUUUGCCUUUCUACUGCUCAUCCUGCUAAGUUCGAUAAUGCUGUGAAUCUUGCUCUUAGCUCUUUCUCUGGAUACGACUUCAACAGCCAAGUCUUACCUACUGAAUUUCACGGCCUUAUGGAUGCUGAAUGUCGUUCCAUUGCUUUCGGCAAGCCAAACAUUGAACGUCUUGAGCAACUUAUUGAAACCGCCCUUGAUGAAGAAAAGAAAUAAAGGAAAAGGUCGCUUAAUACCCAAGAACCAAUAUACCUUUGUAGUUAGAACAUCCCUUUUUUUGUCUUUUGUAUAUUAAUUUUGUUAUAGUUUUGGUACCUCAAUGAGAGAAUAAAAGAUUUUCAUUAUAUAGAAUUGAGCAAUUAAUUUUCUUUGUGGAG